UUAGAAAUUUAACAUGAAAAUUUAUCUUUAUUCCUCCAUUUUUCUAGACACCCCCAGAGAGAAUAACAUUCGGACCGAGCUCAAGCUUAAUGGAUAGAACCGGUCAACCGGUGACCGAAAUAAGAAUUUUUCCCAUUUAAAUCGACAAAAUUGCACCUCCCAAACGAACGAUGGCAAAGGAAUACGACUAUCUGUUAAAGGUUCUGCUGGUGGGCGACAGUGACGUCGGGAAGCACGAGAUUCUCUCCGGACUGGAGGACGCCUCCUCGGAGAGCCCCUUCUGCAGCGGAAGUGGUGCCGGUUACAAAACGACAACCAUCCUAUUGGACGGCAAACGGGUGAAGCUUCAAGUGUGGGACACAUCCGGCCAAGGCCGGUUUUGUACAAUAAUCCGAUCGUACUCGAGGGGCGCCCAGGGCAUCAUUCUGGUGUACGACAUCACCAACAAGUGGAGCUUCGAUGGUCUGAGUCGAUGGCUGAAGGAAGUGGAAGAACAUGCUCCCGGCGUUCCGAAAGUGCUCGUCGGCAAUCGGUUGCAUUUGGCGUUCAAACGGCAGGUUGCGGCGAAACAGGCCGAACUGUACGCCUCCCGGAACAAGAUGGCAUGUUUCGAGAUUUCUCCGCUGUGUGAUUUCAACAUCCGGGAGUCGUUCUGUGAGCUGGCUCGGAUGGCUCUGCACCGAAACGGGAUGGAGCGGAUCUGGCGCUCGAACAAGGUGCUCUCGCUGCAGGAACUUUGCUGCCGGACAAUAGUGCGGAGAACUUCGGUAUAUGCCAUCGAUACCCUGCCACUACCACCUUCAGUUAAAUCCUACCUUAAAUCUUACGCCCUGACUUCGUCACAGUGUCUGAACAUGACGAAUCUGCACCACAACACGGCACCCGCUUCCAAUGCCAAAAACCUCAAGUGCAAAACACCCACCGGCCACCUGCGGUUACCGAGGAGUUCGGCCGGCGGGAUUGGGCUCGGCGGAAGCGUCAGCAGCGGCAACAGUUCGAUGCGGAACAGCUGUGUGAUAUCCUGAUUGGCGUCGGUGGUGGCCCGCCUUCGGAGGGUUUUCAUCGGAGGCUAUCGGAGGGGCCACCGUGGGGCAGCAGGAGGACGAAGACGGUGGUCCCGAGCAACGGGAUCCGGAACCCUGGUCGGAACGAAUGCCGGCGGAGCCAAAAGUGGCAGCGGCUGUUGUUUUUAGAAGGUUAGCAUAUUAUUAGUUUUUAUUUCUUGUUUUUAUUUGCUAUUGGUCAUAUUUUUCGGUUAAUUUAAUUUAUAUUUCGACGUUUAUUAUCUGCCGUUUUCCGAACGACUGUGGUUGUGCGUAAAUGCCCGGGGAAAGUUUAUCUAUUUGAAGAAGCGUUUUAAAGUGACGAUUGAGAAUGUUUUGAAUGCAUUGAUUGGAAAUGAAGAAGUUUGUACUAUUUCCGCAAUCGGAAGCUCAAUUACUCUACCUGUCUAUUAUUUAUGCCAUUUUUAUGAAUUCCAACAUAAUUUCUAGCUCUUUUUAAAUUUUAUUUAUACAUACAAAUUCACAUAUAUCCUUUUUCUAUCAAGGGUUCCCGAAUUUUGUUGUAAAAUGUCAAUAAUAAAGAGUCAAAAUUUGAAACUAACAAACUUGAUGAUAGAGGAGUGAAAAUAUCUACAUUUUAUUGAGAAAAUUUGCUCAAAAAUCAUAGCAAUAUCAUAAACUGACUUUUUUUUAGUUUUGAUAGUGAAAAAAAUGAGAAAAUUUGGAUCAAUUAAAAAAAAUUUCCAACUCCAGAUUCAAUAAGCAGGAACAAUCAAGAAAUGAGUUUUCUAAAUUGAAUCAAAAAUCGAGAAUCGAAAACCGUGAAUUGUUGAAUGUCGAGAAACAAGAUUGAAAAUAUCGAGAUCAAAAAUAGAGAGUCGAGAAUUGAAUAUCGCUGAUUAGAAAUCAACAAUUGAGUGUCAGUAAUUGAGAAUAAAUUUCACUAAAGAACAAUAAUCUGGAAUCGAGAAUCGAGAGUGGAUCUUUGAGAAUCGAGCAUCGACAUUGAGGAAUCGCGAAUCAAGAUUCCAGAAUAGUGCACGUGGAAAUCGAUUACCGAAAAUCGGAAAUUGAGAAUCAUGAAUCACGUAUUUUUUAAUGUAGAAUCGAAAUUCAAGAAUCAAGAAUCUGAAAUGUCGAGAAUCAAGAAUAAGGGGAACCAAGAAUCAAGAGCUGAGUCUUGACAAUCAAGAAUCGGGAAUCAAAAUUUGAGAAUCCAGAGUCUAGAAUUCAUAAUCGGAAACUUGAGAUAAAAAAUCUAGAAUCAAAAAUCGAGAAUCAAAAAUCGAGAAUAAAAACUCGAGAACUCAGAAUCGAGAGUCGAGAAUCGGAAAUCGAAAUUGGAAAAUUGAGAAUCAAGAAUGAAGAAUUGAGAAUCAAAAUUUGUGAAUCUUAAAUCGGAGGUCCAGUACUGUUAAUCGGGGACUAGACAUCGACAAUCGAGAGUAGAGAAUCGAGAAUUGAGGGCCGAGAAUCGAAAAUCGGAAAUGUGGAAUCAAGAAUCGUGAAACGUAAAUCGAGUGCCGAGAAUUAAAAAUCGAGCAACGAGUAUCGGGAAUCAAGAAUUGAGAUUCGAAAAUCGAGAAUCGUGGAUAGAGAAUAGAGAAUGAUGAACCAAGAAUGAAGAAUCAAGAAUCGAGAGUCAAGAAACAAGAAACGAGGAUCAAUAAUCGAGAGUCGAGAAUCGAAAAACGGCUGUCGGGAAUCGAGAAUUAAGAAUCUAAAAUCGAAAAUCAAGAAUCAAGUAUCGAAUAUCGAGAAUAAAUAAUCGUGAAUCAAAAUUUGAGAAUCAGAAGUCGAGAAUCAACAAUUGAGAAUUGAGAAUACGAGAAUCAAGAAUCAAAAAUCGAGGCUUGGAAAUAGAAAGUCGUGAAACGAGACAAGAAUGUCGAGAAUCGAAAAUCGAGAAUUCAAAAUCAGGAUUCGAGAGUCGAGAAUCGGGAGUUCAGGACUGAGAAUCGGGAAUUAGAAUCAAAAUCCGAAAAAUUAAAAUCUAGAAUCAAGAAUCGAUAAUCGAAAGUCAAGAAUUGAGAAUCCGGAAUUAAUAAUCGGGAAUAGGAAUUUAGAAUUAAUAUUCGAGGAUUCAAACAUCGAGAAUUGCAAAUCAAAAGCCGAGAAUCGAGAAACUAGAACUGUGAGUUCUAAAUAGAGAAUCAGAAAUUGUGAAUCGAGGAUGGAGCAUCAAGAACCCUGAAUUUAAAAUCAAGUAUCGAAAUCCGAAAAUCGAGAAUAGCGAACCGAAAUGUAUGGAUCGAAAAUUGAAAUCGUAAAUCUGCAAUCAAAAAUCGAAAGUUCAUAUCCUAGAAUUGGAAAUUGGAAUCGACAAUCCAUAAUUGUGAAUUGAGAAUCAAGAUUCAAGAUGAGAAAUCAAAUAAAUAAAAAUUGAGACUGCUCAAAAGAGAAUCGUAAUCAAAAAUUGCGAAAAAAUAAUUUAGAUUUGCGAAAUAAUUAUCGAAGUAUGUUCAAAAAUCUAAUCGAGGAUUGAGAACCGAGUAUUUAUAAAGGGGACUCAAAUUUCAAGAAUAAAGAAUAAAGAUAACAAAUUUUAGUUUAUGCGUUUAAAAAGUUGUUUUCAAAAUUGAAAUUGACAUAGGUGAAUAAACAGCGAGUCAGUUUUCAAUAACAAUCAAAUAUUCCUAAUUUCUCAAAAUUGAAUUUCUCGACUUGCAAAUUUUGAUUAUAUUUCGAUCAAAUCUUUUGAAAUUUUAUAAACACAGAGAAAUAUGACACUCUUAACUCGGCAGUAAUAAACAGAAGACGUUUUUCUCUAAAAAUAAUUACUAUCACAAGGUAAAUUCUACUCAUAUAUACCUAAUAUAUAUAUAAAAAAAAGUAAAACGAAAUGCUACCGCGAUCGGAUAACACAAUACCAAAUACUAAUUUAUACCUUUACGAUAAAUUAUUAAAAAAACAAAUUUCGGAAAAAAAACAGCGGAAUUGUUUUUUUUCUGUUAGAUAGUUUUUGUUGAAUCCAAACCGAACUUAACUUAACAAAACGACAAGGAGAAGAAAUUUUUUUUUCUCUAUCAGCGCAGGGCGCACUAAAUUUGCAAAGUGGAAAGCGCUCAACAGCUCUUUUUUUUUAACUACCUUUGAAAAUAAUUUCUAUCAAAUUUUCCGUAAGUCGCAGAUAAAAAAAAGUAUUAAAUCAACAAAGAAAAAACAAAUUUCCGAUAAAAUUACGUCCAACUGACUCACCAGAACAAACAAAUCAUAACCUCCAAUUACGUUUUCUCGAAUACAGCAAACAAAGUAGAAAACUGACCGUUUUACAAAACGCAAAUCUUACCUCACCUUAUUGUGGAAAAAAGAUAGAAGAAACACCACAAUAAUUUGUCCUUUUUUUCCGGCAUAUUUCGGACAAAAUAAAUGGUUUGAUUGGGGCACAGGAAAAAAAAUCACGUGGAAAAAUUAGCUUAAAUGAAUGCGAAUUUCAUUCAGUGUGUUGCCAUAUCUAAGUUUUUUUUUAUAAAGAAGUUUUCCCCUUAGAAGUUUUUCUCUGUUGUCGUCUAGUAGGUAAAAACUGUCGUUUGCGUUUAGACAUAAGGUGAGAAUCUCGACCUGUUUCUUCGGUUCUUUUGACUGUUUGGAAUUUGACAAACAAAAUAAUUAAUUCGAGAGAGAAUCAAAUGUGGUUCCGAUUUGUUUGUUCGCGCUUUUUUUUAACUACCUACUCUAAAAAUGUUAGUUCAACUUGAGUGUUUGUUCGUGUGUAUGUGAGUGACUACUAGUUUUUUUUUUGAGGAAAUAUGUAUAUUAAAAUAAGUCAAUAUAUAUUUAAAUUAUGAAACCGUGAUAUUUAAUCACCGCUGACUGAAAAACGAGUUGUAAACGCCCAACAGACAUGGAUUUAUUGAAAAAAAAAAUAGAAACACAACAGAAAAAAACAAUCCUAUAUUUAGAAGUGACAUUAUGAUCCGUUUUUUUAUGAAUAUGUCCUUUUGUAAACUGAAAUGGAUAGGAAAUCUAUACUUAGAGACUUUCACUGUAUUACAAAAGAGAGGAAAAAUACUUAUCGACACAAUAAACACAUAACCUGGAACAGUAAAUUACAAUUAAAGUUCAGAACAUUUAGGUUAAUGUUUUCUCUCAGUCGCACCUACUCGUCAAAUCUAUAAACGAGUGUCAACAUCAUUUUCACGUAGGUACACAAAUGGCAAACGCGCUCGAUUUUUCUAUUAUAAAUUUAAAAUAUGGAUCACAUUAAAAAGCAUAAUAAAAUUAACACUUUCAAGUAAAGAUUAUUUGGUAGAUACCGAAACAAACACUCACAAUAAAGAGAAAAAAAGAUCAUAACACACAAAAAACGAACAAACUUUGUGCUAUACCAAACCAAUCUAUCCCAUGAAGCAGCAGCGUAUGUAAUCUGCAGUUUGUAUUUGUAAAUUGUAUUUGAAUCGUUAGGUAAGUUAGUUACAUACUUAUUAUGUACGUACGUUAAGAUGAAGAACACGUGACAAUUAAUCGGGAGUUGAGACAACUCCAUUGUAAAUAUUGCAUACAACAAAUGAAAUGAAACACAAAAACAACUCACAUGCAUUAACAAAAAAAAACAAAUCAACAACAACAACA